AACGGCGGCGACGAAAUCGAGGCGGCGGUUCGCGGCGGAGAGCGCCGCCGGGAGCUCGUACCCACGUACAGCUGAACCUGCAGCAGACCAUCAUCGCGCAAAGCGAGCUCAGACCAGAAGAAAACGGAGCCCCACCAUCCUCUUUUGACCAGAUGAGGCCGCGGCUGCAAUUGCUGGCGUUUCGCCAAACGGGGCGCCGCUGUUUCUCCGGAAGAGUCGGCGGCGACUCCUCGGGCCCGAACCCACGAUUCCUUUCGCCGUCCCAGGACGGGAAGCUGGCCUCCCUGGCGAAUCUCUUCCAAAGGUACGGCCUUUCUCCGUCCCAGUCGCCUGAUUUCCUCGCGAAGAACCGGUUCUUGCUCGAUGCCAGCUUGCACGACACCGAAAGAUCACUGAGCAUUUUGUCCUCGCUCAAGAUACCCAAUGAAUUGGUGGUCUCCGUGAUGGGUCGGUGUCCCGGGGUUUUGGAACAUGAGUUCCUGAGGAAAUGGGAGGUGGUGUUUCGGGAGUUUGGCUUUCUUGGUGUUUCCCCUGCUGGCAUUAUAAGUACCCUCCAGUUUUCUAGGAAAUUCAAUGUCGGUCCGGAGAGGUUCGGUAGUCUAUUCAAGGUUUUGAAGGGUUUAGGAGUUCGGGAUUACACUUAUUGCAGGAUAUUGGAGGAGUUUCCUGGAGUCAUUGCAAUGGGGGAGAGUGAAAUUUCGGGGAAAGUCAAGUUCUUGGAGGGAAUCGGCAUACCAAAAGCUGCGGUGGACGGUGUGUUUCGCACUUUUCCUGGCAUUUUGGGAUUGAGUGUGGAGGGUCGAUUGAAGCCACUGAUUCUUGAGUUUAGGCAUUUAGGUUUUGAUAAAAGUGUGGCUCGGGAUGAGAUUCUUACAGAGCCCAGAGUUCUCGGCAUGGAACUUGGGGAACUCUCGCGUUGCUUGGAACUGCUACGGACUUUAAAAUGCCGAGAGACGAUUAAAGAAAAGAUUUUAAGGGGAGGUGAAUUCAAAGCUGGGUUCGAAGUGAAAUUGAGACUCGACUGCUUGUGCAGGCAUGGUUUGAUUCGCAGAGAUGCUUUCAAAGUGUUGUGGAAAGAGCCGAGGUUGAUUGUAUAUCAGAUAGGGAGAUUGAGAGGAAGAUUGAUUUCUUGUUGAGUGAUAUGAACUAUGAAGUGGAGUGUCUAGUCGAGGUGCCUGAGUUUUUAGGUGUGAAUUUUGAAAAACAAAUCCUUCCUCGAUACAAUGUGAUCAAGUACUUAAGAUCCGUUGGGGGACUAGGCGAUCCAGUAGGCUUGCAAAAUUUGAUAAGGCCUAGCACACUUAAAUUUUAUAACUUAUAUGUCAAGCCAUAUCCAGAGUGCGAAAAGAUUUUCAGAUGUGAAGCAGACAAAGCUGAGAAGCAGCAUCCAGUGGGACUGUGGAAGCUCUUCAAACCACAAAAGUAUCCCCAGUCCAAGGAUGAUGCAGAAAACAUAAAGUCCUUUAUGGAGUUGGGUGGUUAGGAUGGGACAGUUGUAGCCUCUCAUCCAUUAUUAUACUUCAAACUGAGGAUCAUGAAUGGUUCACAUCUAUUUGAAACAUCUACAAGUACGAAAAAUCAACUUUACACAGGACACAGCAUGUUUGACAUCUUCUGAAGUCAGAACCAGUUCUUUAGAACCUUGAUCUAACCAGAGUAGGAAUUGGCAUGUGGAUGUUACAUCUCUAGGUAAUGCAUGAGCAUGGCCAUUUCUAAUCGGGGUUCAGCACUCAAUUGUUGCAUCUCUAGGAAAUACAUCAUCACCAUGUAUCAGUUUGUUCUUGCCAAUGUGGAGGAGACGUUGAACAAGACACAUUCUGCCCUUCCUUAUUCUGGUCAAGUUUUUUUUGGUGAAUAUUCUGGUCAAGUUGUUUAUAUACUGCUUUCUGCAAAACUAUGUGAAACUUAUAAAAUGAGUAAAAAGUCAUUAUGUAACACAAUAUUGAUGACAAUUAUGCAGCUGGAUUGUGAAAAAAUUUUGAUUUUCCAGUUUAAAUCCGUGGCACUAAUUUCAUAGAUAUGUUUAGCCCUAAACUCUUGUCCUUUGUCUUGCAAUUUAUUAUCUUGUCAAAUUUUGUCUCAUGAAGCUGCUCCUUGUUUACUUUACCUUAUCAAUUUUCAUAAGCUGGCAUUGCUCCCGUAGCGAAGUUCAUUGUUGUAAAAUCUUUUGGUGAGGAUGUCAAUUCUGUUGCAGGUAUGAAGCCUUUCAGAAAGAAAUUUAACAUGCCUGGUCCUGAAACUGUUGCUUUAGUGGGAACUAUUAGACUAGAUACGUUAGUUUUAAUACAUUUCUGAUGAAGUUGUUUGUGAUAUUCAUGUCUAUCACGGCUUACAUAUCUGUAUCUUUACUUCUAUGAAACAGUACUCAGUGGACAAACUCUCUUGUUAUUAUUGUUUCUAAGUUCACUAUAUUCUUGAUGUUUUUCUUGGAAUUUGUAUUGAGUAUCGAGGUAUCAAGAAAAUAACCAACGGAGUAUAUACAAAUCAUGAAAUGCGAUGAAUUUAUUACUGUUCAGUAAGUGUAUUAUUGAUGAUAGAUAUCAAUAGGCACAGCUCCUGAGACUCAUGUAGGAGUAGCUUUGCAUGUGGUCUUAUCAUUUUAAGGCUUCUUAGAGUGUUGUGUCCUUUCUCCAAGCAGGAUAGACUGAUUGAAUAAUUCUUGCAAGUGACCAUGUGAGCUUAAUAACCGGGCAGGAUUUUUCUUUAUAUUGCUUUUCGUCAUUUGCAGCUUUAUUUACUAACUUUUGAUGGCCCAUAUACACCUAUGACUGUGCUGUCAGCCUGAUUAAAUGUCCAUAAGUGCAAUGCACCCUGGAGACAUGAAUCUUUAAUCUACUACAUAAUUAGAUUGGACUAUGUAGGCUUUUUUCCUCAAAUUAAGAUAAUUUGUUGAAUAUUCUCUCUGCUUAGACCUGAUAGACCUGAUCCGGUUGUUUAGUCUGCUCAAUCCCAUUACAGUAUAUGUUGAUGGGUUUUCAAUUGUUUUCAUAACAGACUUCUUACGACAGAUGCAAAGGAAAUUUCAAAUGGUGGUUGUCAGGCAUCCUGGCCAAGCCAUUCAGAUCCCGGGGAUUCGGUCGUGGAGAUCUUGAAUCUAGAGCGCCCUUGAUGGCUGAAGGCUGCAAAUACAAUAUCCACGCAUCCUGUUGGUCUGGUUGGGCUCGUCAAAUAGUUCUUCUAAGGAAAAAAGAUAAAUAAUUCUCCAAUUUUGGUCUAAUAUGUAGUAUCAUUUUUGAACUUUUAAUUUGUUCAAUGCGGUCUUUGAAUUUUGAUCCAAUGCAUAAUAUUAUUU